AGAAGGGGGUAAAAGGCAGCAACUAAAAUUAUUUUUUUAUUGUUUUUGUUUGUGUGUGCAAUCCCUAGGUAGAUGCCCUACGCUGGCCAAAAUUAUAAUCGCCAAUGAGUUUAUGGUGUGUUUUGAGUACGUUACUACGUAGAGUAAGCCACAACUCCAUGAAGCAGGUCCUGUUAUUUCCAUGCCUGUUUUCUUGAUGUGCACAGAGGUUAGGGAACUGCCAGGGUCACCCAGCGGGGGGGUAGCUGAGCCGGGACUCAAAGCCACAGUCGCUCAGCCACAAUGCAGAGUGCCUCUAAGAUACUCGUCUGCUGAGAUGUUCGUCUAGUAAAUGUCUCUGGUGAGAUUAGGGUUAAACUAAGCAGGGUGUUGCAUGCAAAUGUCGUGUUCCUGUGGAGCCUUUGAAAACUCCUAGUUGACUCAAAGUUCUCUCGAGGCUGAACCCUCAAAUCUUUUGGGGGAGAGCCCGUAAACAAAACUCCUGCCCUCACUGUCUACUUAUUAGUCUUCAGUACUACAAAACCCCAUGAAAAACAAAACAACGACUGGUCUCCAGCCAAACAUUAUGUCAGAGAAGGCUGCCCGAAAUGCUUCUCAUGUGCCAGAAGUCUUUAUCUUGAUCAGCCUAAAAGUGGGCUGAAGCCUCGCGUUCUAGGGCAGGAUGUGAGGACCCUCUGGUUGGCAUCUUGCCCUCCACUGACUGCCAGGGUUCGUUCAGCUCAUCAAGCAUCCGGCCUGCCUGGCCUUGUGGCCUCUUCCUUCCUCCCUGGUGUGUGUCCUCUGAAAGCACCCUGCCUGGUGGGAAUGGCUGCCAUCCCUGUACUUCUCGGGAAGCCUCUCGUGAUGCUGGGAGGCCUCACUUCAGUGGGUGCAUCUCGUUCCCUUGGGGAGCCCACUGUUGCUAAGAGGGGCUGGCUACCAAAGAGCCUGACCUGGGGAACCUCCGCUCUCUGCUGCUUCACGGGUGUCAUCUUGAACAAGUCACUUAAAUGUUUCUAAGCGUCAGGAUUUUUUUCCUUCCUGGAUUCAUAGAUGUAUACAACCAAAAGACCUUAGGUGGUUAGCUAAUCCAGUCUCCUCACUGGCUCUACAAUGAGGGUAAUGAUACCUUCCCCAAUUACCAUUGAGUUAUUGGGAGAAGCAAAUGGGAAUUUAUUAGAACACAUUUUUCCAAACUGUAAAGUUCAAAUACAGUCUGUUUUGAGUAUUCUUGGAUGUGACUGGCACUUGUUUGAGGAUGGCUUUUGCCCUGUUAGGAAGAUGAGGGAGUAUAGUUGGGAAAGGAUUAUAAUUCAAGGGGAAUAUGUUCCCUCCAGGCAUAGACCGGUGUUCAUCAACGGCUGCUCCUGUAGACAUUUCAGGAUCAUUACUCGUGAGACUGCCCUGUGGAUUAUGAGAGGUUUAGCAACAUCUCAGAUCUUCACCCAGUAGUUGCCAGUGGCACCUCCUCCCCACCUGUGACCACCAGAAAUGUCCCUGACGUUGGCAGAUAGCCCCUGGGGAGUGAAAUCAUCCCCAGUUGAGAACCACUGUUGAGGGUUCUUCCUCUCAGAAUUUCCUGAGGCCUGUGUGGUCUGGAACUGGAGAGUUACCAAAAGGUAGAAUAGGGCUUACAGGGUUGAGAAGCUGUAUUUCCAUACGGGAAGGGGCUGGAAGGUCAGGCACCUUCGUGCUGCUGAAUUCAUGUGUUUCCACCUGGCAGCAGGUGACUUGGUUGCCUGCAUAGUCCAGUCAUCCAUUCACCUGUUCAUGAUAUUAUUAUCGAACACCUGCUAUUGUCAAGGCACUGGGUUAGAUCCUAUAGUGGGUUGUUAAUAUGAAAGACUCGAAGACCCUGCCAUGCAGAUUAGUCCCAGGCAGCUUAGAGAGGAGCCUCCUGCAGGAAGUGGACACUCAGCCACUGCUGCAGGACUGACAGACAGAUGGCCACGUGCUGGUGGGCUCUGGUUCCUUUCCUCUACAGCACCCGCCGAGGGCUUUCUCUUUUCUCCAUUUAAUAUUACAUUUUCGUUUCAUGUUGACGAGCAGAUGUUAAAGGCAAUGUUCUAAGGGCCCAGGAGAAUAUUCUCAUAUUCUUCCCUUUUUAUAUGCAAACUGGUUAAGUCCAUGGCCAAAUGGCAUUUAAAAAGUCUCUGUGACAUUUAACCCUUCAAGGAAUCCACCAAAGUUUUUCCCCUUCAUCCCUGGCUUUGAAACCCAGAAAGUCCUUUCUGACAGAGAAAGAAUUAAGAUUCCACCACCACCCCCACCCCACACAUGGCCUUGUGCAGCUGCUUGCCCAGGAAUUUACUUCUCAACAUCAGUUUGGGUGGGGUUCUUAGAUUCCAUGCAUCCUGAAGGACUAAAAGAAAUGUUUAAAAAAUAAACCCAAAAUAUUUCCUGCCUUAGAAGCAGUAUUCUUUGGUGCUUAAGUGCGUUUUUGUGGCUGAGGAUUUGUGUUUUUGCAUUUCUGUGAAGCUGGAGUUAGCACAGUGUGACGUGGGUGGGAAGCUGUCCAUCAAGAGGAACCAUCAAGCAUGGAGAAUCUUUAGGAUGAUUUCAGAGCAUUUCUGCAGAAGGGUUCUGCCUGUAUUAUCUAUGCCCAGACAGUCUUGUAUCAGAAAACAGGAGUCUUUGCCUGCGGAAUGCCAGAGCCAUCUUCCUCUGUGGCCUGUGCUGUUUCAUCACCAUUUAUUCACUGACUUCCUCUCAGUGUGUUUGACUCUGGGCAAGUUUUAGGGACACAUUAGGAGACAAGACAGAUGCACCCCCUGCUGCAAGAUCAGUCUGAAAGUCAGGAAAUGAAUGAAGCCAUUUAGCCACUGAUGACUGUGGUGAAGAAAAUAAAGCGAGGCGAUAGGACAGAGAGAGUGCCCGGGAGUUUGGUGGUCAGGAGAGACCUCCCUGGAAGUGGUCAUCUUGUGGGAGGCCGCUCAGGACCAGCGUCCCCAGCACAGGGAAAGGACAGUUUCAGAGGCCCGAAGAGGAUUAGCAUCAAUUCCGUGCUUUUUACUUUAGCGUAGUGGGGCAUUCCCGAGUUGUGUUGACAAACUUUUUUUUCCGACUUGGCCUGGCUUUCUACCAGGUGGUAAUGAUUUCAUUUUCUCUCUGUGUUUCUUGCUUCUGGCUUGAGCUCAGCUCCUGCAUGGGCUGACUGGUCAGCCAGGUUGUUCCAGAUGAACACCUUGUUUUUCCCAGGUCUCCUCUGCUGGAAAGUUACUCGAUUUUAUUUCAUGUUCUCUUUCUCUGUACUCAGGGAUUACCAGCAACAACAAUAUCGUGAAAGUAGAUGGGUCAAAAUUUUUGUGAUUUCCAGGUUGAAAGCCCACAUCAGGGUCCGUGGUGGUGAGCAACAGCAUCCAAAUGUGGUUACCUUAGGUAGAACAGAGCAGAGCAGCCAGCCUGGAAGGCUGGAGAGCCAGACUCGGGGCAACCUUGGCAGGAGCAGAUGCUGUAACUGGUCAGUGAGAGCAUUUCCGGGGCUACUGCAAGAUGCUGAUGCUGCAGCCAGUGAACACUGAAGGUGCCAACAGCCCUGCUGCCUCUGUUGCCGAAGAGGAUACUCUAGGCUGUCCCUGCAGUCGGCGUGCAGACUUGUUACACACGGGUCACACCCAUGUAGCAGCAAAGGCUCGUGUGAGCAGGUACCGGCUUCGGCAGCUUCUGUACGAAGAGCCGGGCUCUGCUUCCCACCAAGACUCCCUGGGCCCAGGAUAUCCCCAAACCUAGGAAAGGGUUUCAGAGACCGGAAAACCAAUAAAAUAAAUGGCCAUUACGGGGUUUGUGAUUUUCGAGCAUUCCCAAGGGAUAAAGGGCCCCACACAGUGGGAACUUCUUCUCUGUUUAGAAUGAUUAUUUGGGGCAAAGAAAGUGCUAUUGCAAGGUGGGACCAGUAAGGGGUAUUGGGAGAGUGGGGAUGACCUGGCUUGGCUGGACGUGAGAAGGAAGUUGGGGAACCCUUCAGAGAUACGUUGGAGCCAAUCUGCAAAAGCCGUGCUGAAUGUUUAUUGAAUGUUUGGCCUUGAUUUUUUAAGUAAAAGGGUUGUCACUGAACAUUUUGAGGUAGAAAAUCACCCAGGAAGAAUAUGGCUUUAGAAAAUUAAUUUGAUAGGACAGAGGAAUGAGUUCAGUGUCUACUACUGGAACCCCUGUGGGAAUUGAGGCUCUGGGCAAGGCCGAGGAGGGUUACUGUGAGGGGCCUUCUCGUUCCCGGGAGGAGGGGAGCAGAGAAUUGAGAGAGGUGCCGCAGCGGUGGGAGCCCCAGGUUUUCCAUUCGGGGUGACUGGGAGAAGGUGGCAUCGUCAAGGGCAGGAGGACUCGACAACGGGGAUGGGAAAAGAGUGGUUUGCUUGAGAUGGUUCUGCAGCAAGCCGGGCUCCAGACGGUGAAUUUAGGAGUCAGAAAAUCAUGGUUCUAUAACAUUAGAAUGUAGAGAUGGUCUACUCUCAUGCCCUCGUUUAGUUUUAAAGAUAACAUAAAAUUUAUUAGUUUGUGCUUAGUAGAGAAGACAGUAGACGUAUAAAGAAAAAAAGCAAAAAAUGGGCCGUAAUCUGUUUUCCAAGUAAUCCCUCUUGAUUAAAAAAAAAAAAAAAAAAACCACCAUCAAUUGGCAUAGUGCAUGCACAGGACUAGAGCGUCAGAUGGUGUAGGCAAGCUCAGAGAGAAACGCGGAAGCGCUCCUCCAGGACCUUGCCGUCGCCGUCACCGAGGUGAGCACGGUGACGAAGGGCGUGUGCUUGCACACAGCUGCACCUUUCCUGUUUUUCGCACCGUUUUCAAGGUAUAUUAAGUUAAAAUGCAUGAGAUUGUCUUCCUCACAGUCCCACACAUCUUAGGCAUCUUAGUAGUAUUUCAUUUCAUGGCACCUAACUUGGAGUCUGGAUAGCGCCAGUGGCCACAGUGUCUGCUGUGCAGGACCGUCUCCUUGCACUGGCCCCUGCCUUCUCUCCACCUCUCUCCCACUCCCCCCCAGUAGAGACAGGACCCUUUCUCCAGGCUGACUGUUCUGUCCCCUACCUGUCUGCCCGCUCCUCUUGGGCUGCAGUUCCCCUGAGUGUCAGUGUCCCAGGAAGCUGUCUGCCACCCCAGAGUGGUCAGGUCACCUCCACUUUCCCUGUGUGAGCUGCUCCAUGAGGGCAGGGUCCUGUCUCUCAGUCACACCUGUACCCUGAGUGCCCAGCGUGUGCCUGAGGAACUUCCCCACAGUGAUACGUUCUCUGACUUUGGGCAGAUAAACAUGCUCACGGUCUAGAAACAUUCUGAUCUAGAAAAUCACCCAGUGAUUAUAACUGGAGAGAUAUGGAGCCAUUUGCAGUCACUGCUGUAAAAAAAAGUGUUUCUGACACUUGCUUAAGCCAGCAAGGAGGACUCCAUUCAAGACUAUUGCAGCAGGGGAGGACUUGACACCAGUAUGGCGGGGACGAGGGUGGAUGGAAAGCCAAGGGUAGGGUGAGGGAGUGGGUGGAAUACCACUCGGGAACUGGAUUAGACCUCGGGGUGGAGGAAGAGGAGCUUGGUGGGGUCUUAGGGGAUACACUUAGCAGGUCUCUGUUCGCACUGGACUCGGUCGGCCAAGGACCGGGCCUUCUUGAGAAAAGGACUCAGGAACCUGGCUAAAGUUUGGUCAAGGAGGGGUCAUUGCACUGCCAGCCAAAAGAGCCACGUGGCAAUGAUGCUCGUUAGUAUCUACCGCCACAUCCUGAAAAAGACAGACCGUUGGGAACGAGAGACUAUACACAGCAAAGCUCUUGCAGCCAAGCUUCGCCAGAGAACUUCAGCGGGAUCCACAUCCAGGGCGAACUUGCAUUGUUCCUGUGUUUCAAAAUAGGAAUGAUAAAGUAUAGACUCCACCCUUCCUCCCAGGAGAAUCGUAAAGACUGAUUAUGCUUCCAGAAAGACCUGUUGGGUGUUUCAGCUCACUGGCAGUGGGUGCUGGCGUUGUCCUCUGAGACGUCGUCUCACAUGCUGCUGGUUACGGAGCUAACCUGACCUGCCUCCAUCAGUGACUUCAGUCACGGACAUAACUGAGCUCCGUCCCAUGGGGCACUCUCCAAGCUAAUUUUGCAUCUUUACCACUCUGGGUAUUGAGUCAGCCAGGGCGAUCGCACAGCCCUGUGCCCGGGUCACUGCUGGCUUUUGCCUGUUGUCCUGGAGUAAUGAUUAGCAGAGCCUGUUUUCAUUCUUGGACUGUCCCAUUUUGGUUGAUACAUUACGUAGCCCCUUGGCUAGUUGUCCCUCUGCAGAGAGACUAACUCUGGGCCUAGCACGGCUGCCCUGAUGUGAGCCACGAUAGAUAGAUCCCCUGCAAUGACUAGACAUGAGCCAGCAGUUUUUAGCGAGGCAGCCGGUGGUCAGGAAGAUUCUUGAAGAAAUCAGCAAACAUGAAGAACCGUACUACAGGCUCUUUCGGCUUUCUCAGUGGGAGUGAAGAAAGAUAGGGGAGCUGCGGGGAUGGGAGUGGCAGACAAGAGGGUGAGGCUGGGACAUCCAGGGAUCUGUGGUGAAGUGUCACCAAAACCGCUGGUUGUAUGUGCUUGGAAAUCAUGGUGAGUGAUACAGUGAGCGUAUUUUAAUGAAUGGUACUGUGUCCUUAUUUAAAUUUCAGAGUGUCCAUGCAAAGUGCUGGCAAGACAAGAAUUUGCUUCCUAUUUCGCAAAUCAUGGGUGUGAAAGAAACCGCCCCCAGUUCUCAUUGCUGAUCUGCUAGAUCGUUCUGUGUGGGGGCUGGAGGUGGAGAGGAGGGCUUGCCCAGAAAUCUGUGUUUCUAACAGAGUCUGGAGUUCGGAUGGGGAGUUUGGUUGGAGAACCACUGCCUUGGACAUUUUGCAAUGAAGAUGUGUUCUUAUUAACUUGCAUAUAUUUGCAGAUCCUGCCCGGCCUGUACAUCGGCAACUUCAAAGAUGCCAGGGAUGCGGAACAGUUGAGCAAGAACAAGGUGACACAUAUUCUGUCUGUCCACGAUAGUGCCAGGCCUAUGCUGGAGGGAGUUAAAUACCUGUGCAUCCCAGCAGCGGAUUCACCAUCUCAAAACCUGACAAGACAUUUCAAGGAAAGUAUUAAAUUCAUUCACGAGUGCCGGCUGCGCGGUGAGAGCUGCCUUGUACACUGCCUGGCCGGGGUCUCCAGGAGCGUGACGCUGGUGAUCGCGUACAUCAUGACCGUCACCGACUUUGGCUGGGAGGAUGCCCUGCACACCGUGCGUGCUGGGAGAUCCUGUGCCAACCCCAACGUGGGCUUCCAGAGACAGCUCCAGGAGUUUGAGAAGCAUGAGGUCCAUCAGUAUCGGCAGUGGCUGAAGGAAGAGUAUGGAGAGAGCCCUUUGCAGGAUGCAGAAGAAGCCAAAAACAUUCUGGCCGCUCCAGGAAUUCUGAAGUACUGGGCCUUUCUCAGAAGACUGUAAUGUCCCUGAAGUGUCUGAAAUGUUGCAAACCCACAGAGUUUAGGCUGGUGCUGCCAAAAAGAAAAGCAACGUAGAGUUUAUAUUUUUAAGUAUCCAGUAGUGAUUUGUAAACUUGUUUUUCAUUUGAAGCUGAAUAUAUACGUAGUCAUGUUUAUGCUGAGAACUAAGGAUAUUCUUUAGCAAGAGAAAAUAUUUUUCCCUUAUCCCCACUGCCGUGGAGGUUUCUGUACCUGGCUUGGAUGCCUGUCAGGACCCGGGAGCCUUGCUCGCUGCUGUGUGGAUGGCUGCGCUCUCGAUGCCUUCCUGUGAAAGCCCCCCAAGGACAAGCCCAGUGUGCUGGUGUGGCAUGAACUCUGCCGUGUGUUCUCAAAUUCCCCAGCUUGGGAAAUAGCCCUCAGUGUGGCUUUUAUCUCUGGUUUGUGUUCUCCAUGGGGGGAUUAACCGAAAGCUCUCUGUUUUUAUUAAUAAAGGGCAACUUAGCCAAGUUUAA